AUGCAACUAAUAGAAGUAGAGAACUAAAUUAACAUGCAGUAUUUGACUUAGCUCUUACAGAAUGAAGAGUUUGAUAUCAAAAAGUAUAAAUACAGAAAUAACUUAUGGAAUGCAGACCAUCUAAACUCUCAAGAGCUGUUAAGCCUUUACAGACAAUUUUAGUUCUACGAUUCUGCAAAAAGAUAGGCUGCUCUCAGCAAAAUCAACCCUGAACACUAAGGAAUAAAUUAAGUGCAAUAAAAUUUAUAUGCACAAGCAGAUUAGCCUUGUCAUCAGAAUCGCCGUUAAAAAAAUAAAAGUUCGAUUUAGGGUUCUUUUGAAAACCAGUUCUCAUAAAAUUAGUAUGAAAACUAAAGAGGUGAGGAUUUUGUAGAAAUUAAUGUAGAUAGUGAAGUGCGUUCUAUGAGAAGAAACAAUAGCGAAAAUAACCUUUAUGAGUAGAGGGAUGCUUAGGAAAACUAAGGAAGGCCACUUGAAGAAAUAUAGCCUUUGUCUAUAGCAAGGAGAUCGCAUGAAGAUCCAUACACUGUUAAGAUUAUCAUUUCUGAUAUGGAUGAAAUAAACUUUCCAGCAACGAUGCAAAAAUACCCUUUUAGGCAUAAUGUAUACGAUUUAACCAACUUUAGUGACGUAGUUACUAAAGGAAUUCUUAGACGUCUAAUCUUUUUGAGUAUCAGUGGGUAUAUUGGAUUUGAUAACUCUGAGCGUGCUGAGCUCGUCAGAGGAGCUUUCCUCUUGGAAUUUGAUGCAUUUUUUGAAUAUCUGAUGAAACCUUCUAUAUGUUAAAUACUUAAAUUUGAUUAACAAGAUGAUGUAUUAGAAGUAAUAAGCUUUAUGUGGGAAAUCAAUAUCAGGAAAUCUAUGAAAUACUAUGAUUUUAUAGUGAAAUUGGCGACUUUGAAUCCAGAAUUUUAUAAGAAAGAUGGGAACAUAUCAUCUAAAAUGCUAGACAUAGAUGUAUGUGUCAUGGAAGCACAAUUAUUACCAUUGAUCUAGCGAAUUUUUUAAUCAGACGCGAGUAUUAGUUCCAGCAAAUAGCAAACUAUUAUGAAAUAAAUUAUUGAAUAUUACGAAAUUCAUAAUGGAAAACAUAUCAUCUAUCCAUUUAUUCAAUAAAAAUCGGAGAAGGAUGUAGCAGACUAGAUAGAAGAAAAGUUUUAGAAUUUACUAAAAGAAUUUGACUGCCCAAUCUGCUUCUUGCCAUUUGAAAAUUGUUACACAUCCAAAUGCGGUCAUUCUUUUUGUUAAAGCUGCAUUCAAAGUUCUGUUCAAAAAUUCGGUAACUGCCCUGUCUGCUAGCAAAACAUCUCCUAGGAAGAUCUCUUUAGAAAUUUCCACAUGAAUGAAAUAAAGAGCAUAGCAUAUAAAGAAAAAGAAGAAACAAAAAAUUAUGAAAUAAAUCGCCUUAAGCAUAUGAAUAGCUUCAAAGAAAAAUUUUAGUAAAUUAUGCAAACUAAUAUCAUCAAUAGCGUAUAAGCAUAGCUUGAAAAAAAAUAAUUAGGUAAUAACAGUAGCAACAAUAACGAAUGCGUUUAAAGCUUCGAAUCAAUCUAGAAACUUAAAAAACAAAUAUAAUACCUUGUCAAUAUAACAUUUGAUUAACUUAUGGAUUCAUUUAACAUAGAAAGUUGA